UGUCACGCUCGAGAUGCACUUUACAAGUGACCAUAACUUUGAAGUAUGUUGGCGUCACUAUGCGUGAGAUCAGUGGGCGCAGAUCCACUCGAGCCGUGUUUCUGUGAGUGGUCUGCGCAGUGAGGGUUAGAAAUCAGAUAUGUUACACUUCCUUUGAUUAACAAAGUACGGAACAUCUUUAUCUUUGUGUGUGUGUGUGCCACGUUUUAGUUUCACUUUGCUGGCGCUCAUCCCCGCGCGCACUAUUCUGUGGAUAAUACGUCCGAGCCAUGUUUUACAUUCAAGCGCGAGUGUAUGGAGCUAAAAUAUCCAAAGUACAGAGCUAAGGAGCUUGACAUGGUGAGGAAAACGUUUGUGAAAAAGGCCUCCAAAGAACUGAUCAAACAGCUCCUGGACGACCUUUUAGAAGAUGGUGUCUUGAACGACGGCCAGAAAGACUCAAUACUCGAGGAGAACAGCAGCACAGCGGACAGAGCCCGCAGUCUCAUUGACAAUGUGAAGAAGAAAGGAGACGAAGCCAGCAGAAACAUCAUCGCUCACCUUCAAAGCAGAGAUCCUUCGCUCUACUCUGAACUGGGUCUGUCCUCUGGUCGACCUACCCCGCCGGCUGCAGAGCAACAGAUGAAGCAAGGUUACUCAACCUCGCUCAUCCAUACCAGUGAGGCAUUCUGGAGGGAGAAACUGAAUGAUAUUUAUCCUGUGGCCAAAAAUUCCAUUAGCAAUCGUGUCGCCCUGCUAAUCACUAAUAUAAAGUUUACUAAUGAGAAAUUGAACAGAAAUGGAGCUGAGAAGGAUGAGGAGAACACAGAGAAACUGCUCACAUCGCUGGGAUACGAGGUGGUGAAACACACAAACCUCACAGGAAAGGCAAUCGAUGAUGCCGUCAUUGAGUUCUCUAAACAUCCGAAACUCAAAGAGACAGACAGCGUGUUGUUGGUUAUCAUGUCACAUGGGAAACUGGGAGCUGUCCUCGGCGUCGACUGGAAAAUGGAUGGUGAUGAAAGACCAGAUGAGUUCCCCAUCAACAACAUUUACAAACACUUGGGCCCACAUAAAUGUCCAGCGCUGCUGAACAAACCUAAGAUCAUCAUCAUCCAGGCCUGCAGAGGAGGGGAGGAAGGAUCGGUGCUGGUUAGAGAUGCUGCAAACCCAAAUGUGGUCUGUGAUCAUGCUGGUGAAGAAAACAUUGAGGAUGAUAAUUUGCGAUUUGUAAACAAAGAAAAAGACUUCAUUUCUCUUCUUUCCUGCACCCCUGAUACUGUCUCAUAUAGACACAGAGAUCAUGGCUCUUUUCUCAUGCAGUACGUUGCUGAGGUGCUGAACACCUUCGCACAUAAGGAUGACAUUGAAGAACUUUUCAGAAAAGUCAUGCAACGCUUUGAAGAUUUUCCCAUUCCAACCAAAAGACAGAUGCCGACCAAAGACAGAUGCACUCUGACAAAGCGCUUCUACUUCUUCCCAGGCCUCUGAGGCCGGAUUCACUUCUGUUUAAUUCCGACUUGUAGCCACAUUUCAAAUGAUGUGUGCAAUUGAGAUGCUACUUUAUGAAUAGAUAACACUGAUUGAGGAUUUACUGAAGGGGCCAUUUGGUCACAGGCUUGGGGACCAAAGACACAGAAAGAAAGAUGUAAAACAGUUUAAAAGUCUCAAAUCGACACCAGAGACACAUAAGUUAAAGAGACACAACUUUACAGAGACAUCUACAGUCUAUUUACAUAGACUGACUUCAAAGAGACAACAAGAAGAUACAAAUUGACAACGAAGACACAAAACAACCUUAAAGAGACACAAAACGACUAUAAAGACACAUCCGCAUGGUUCACAGUU